UCUUAAAGGACUUAAAGCCUCUGCUGAGGAACUGAAGGAGCAGAAAACCAGGACAAGAGAGAAAAAGAGAACCUGCCAUGGCUUCCUCCAGCAGUCUCCUGUCUGAAGAUCAGCUCCAGUGCGCCAUCUGUCUGGAUGUGUUCACUGAUCCAGUCUCUACUCCAUGUGGACACAACUACUGCAGGGUCUGUCUCAAACAGUACUGGGACAGCAGUUCACGCUGCCAGUGUCCAGUCUGUAAGGCAGAAUUCCCAACAAGACCUGAACUGUCUGUGAACACGUUCAUCUCUGGACUGGCUGCUCAGUUCAAGAAGUCAGUUCAGGUCAAAUCCAGCAGAGCUCCAGAGAAACGACCCUCCAAAUCUACAAAUGUUCUGUGUGACCUCUGCAGUGAGGAGAAGCUGGAGGCUGUAAAGACCUGUCUGGACUGUGGAGUCUCUUACUGUGAGACUCAUCUGACGCCUCAUAAAACUGCAGCUAAACUGAAGAAACACAAACUGAUGGACCCUGUGGAGAACCUGGAGGACUACAUCUGCCAGAAACAUGAGAGACCCCUGGAGUUGUUCUGUAGAGAUGACCAGACGUGUGUGUGUCAGUUCUGCACCGAAGGAGACCAUAAGACUCACAGCACUGUUCCUAUAGAGGAGGAGAGUGGAGAGAAGAAGACUCAGCUGUUGAAGGCACAGGCAGAAGUUCAGCAGAUGAUCCAAAACCGACUGAAGAAGAUUGAGGAAAUCAAACAGUCUAAAAGCUCAAAGAAGGAGAAAGCAGACCGUGUGGAGGUCUUCAGAGCUCUGCUACGCUGCAUUGAGAGAAGCCAGGCGGAGCUGCUUGAGGUGAUGGAGGAGAAGCAGAAAGCAGCAGAGAGGCAGGCUGAAGAGUUCAUUAAAGAGCUGGAGCAGGAAAUCACUGAGCUAAAGAGGAGAGACACUGAGCUGGAGCAGCUCUCCCACACUGAGGACCACCUCCACCUCAUACAGGUUUGCCCAUCCCUAUGUAGCCCUCCACACACCAAGAACUGGACUGAGGUCAGGAUUAACUCUCAUCUGAGGGUGGAGCCUCUGAGGAGAGCUCUGACUCAGCUUCAGGAAGAGCUCAGUAAGGAGAUGGAGAAGGUUGAUGAGCAUGAAAUGAAGAGAAUUCAACAAUAUGCAGUGGACGUGACUCUGGAUCCUGAUUCAGCUCAUCCUCAACUCAUCCUGUCUGAUGACGGGAAACAAGUGAGAGAUGGAGACAAACGACAGAAUCUUCCUGAUAAACCAGAGAGGUUUGAUCGCUGUCCCUGUGUGCUGGGAAAGGAGGGGUUCUCCUCAGGGAGAUUUUACUAUGAGGUUCAGGUCAGAGGGAAGACUAACUGGGAUUUAGGAGUGACCACAGAGUCCAGUAACAGGAAGGGGAAGAUUACAGCCAGUUCUAAGAAAGGAUACUGGAUUGUGUGGCUGAGAAAUGAGACUGAAUAUGAGGCUCUGGACUCUCCUACUGUUGCCCUCUCCCUGAAACAGGCUCCCCAGAAGGUGGGGGUGUUUGUGGAUUAUGAGGAGGGUCUGGUCUCCUUCUAUGAUGUUGAGUCCAGGUCUCAUAUCUACUCUUUCACUGGUCAGUCUUUCACUGAGAAACUGUAUCCAUUAUUCAGUCCCUCCCUCAAUGAAGGAGGUAAAAACUCAGCACCACUGAUCAUCACACCUGUUAAACAUCAGAAAUGAGGUGAACUUCUUUAAUAAAACAUUUUUGUCAGAAACAAAUCUGUCACUUGAAACAUUU